AUGUCGGAGGACGAAGACGAGGGAGAGAGCGAGAUGGAAGAGAAGGGAGAGGAGGAUCGAGCGAGAGAGGAGGAGCUUGCGAGAGAGAGACGGCUACGAGGAAGGAGCAGGGUCAAGUGGAGCCUGAACGAGGUCGAUGACGUGUACAGGCAGGAGAGAUUCAACAGCCUCGGACAGGUCAUGCACUUGCUGUCGCUCGACUCCGAUGCAGGGGCGGCGAGAGAAGGGAUCCGACGGCAGCUGGAAGCAUGCAACAAAGUCUAUGACGAUGUGGUAGAGAAGCAUCAUGAUGUUAUCAGAGAGAACACAGUCAGGCACGGAGAGGCCCUGGAGCUGUACAAGACAAUGAACGCACAGUUGAAGAUGCUGCAUGCUGAGAUUAACGAGUCGAGAAGGCUGCUGCAACCUCAGGGCAUGGACACGCUCGUGCAGCUAAGAAUGAAGCGCGCGAUGCUGACGAGCGUGAUCGACAUGAUCGCCAAGGUAGAGGAGAUCGUGUCCACUCCCUCCGACGUUCAGGAGUUGAUCUUGCAGCAAAACUUUCUGUCAGCGUCUCAGAAGGUCAUGAGCGCGUUGAAGCUCCUGGAGGCCUCUGACCUCACCGACAUCGCCCAACUGCAGCCGACGAAGAGGCAGCUCAUCAUGCUCAAGGAGUCCUGCGUCGCCGCCAUGUCGAAGGAGCUCCGCAAGCACAUCUACGGCUGUGAGGACGAUCCCGUCUCUGGGAAGGGACGGCCGAUCGCCGACUGGCUGCAUGGCGACGGCACACAGAAGUCGCUCAUGGCGGCGUUGGACAUCCUGCAGCAGUUCGGAGGGGAGGUGGUCGCAAAGACCUGCACGGACUUGGCAGCCUCGCUGCAGACAGAGCUCACCAAGUGCGUGGAGACGCUGGGCGUGUGGAUGACAGAGAAGGGGAGGGACGUCGGGGGGAAGGGGAUGAACUAUGCUGUGAUGCAGUCAGUGGAGCUGGUGAAGGUGAUCCUGUACCGCCUGCAGUCCGUGCUCAAGAUGCAUAUCCUUGUCGUCUCCUCCCUCUCCUCCAGCGGCUACACUGCUGCUCUGCUGCAGAGCAUGCAGUCGCCGCAGAAGCAGACGAGGAGCAAGGGCAGGGAUCAGCCCCCGCUGCCGCCGUCCUACACGGUCGGGCUAGUGUGGACGGGCAUUCAGAUCCAGGUGCUGGAAGUUCUGUCGGGGCUCGUGGGCUCCCCUAUCAUGGGGUCUGUGCUUCGCAAGCAGGAGAACAGCAGCAAGGAGGCAGAGGAGAGCUCCUCCUCCAGCAGGUUGGAGCGAUGGAGCAACCCUUCCGAGGGGAAGGAGGGCAAGGAGGGCAAGGAGAGGAGGGAGAGGAGGGAGGAGAGGAGGGAGGAGAAGGAGAGGAAAGAAAGCAAGAAGCAGGGAGACCUGGACAUCCAGUUCAGCCUCACUGAAGCUACGCGAGCCUCCUUCGGCCUGCACAACUUCCGCAGCACCCUUUCCUUCUCUUCUUCUUCCUUGCAGUCAUCCUACCUCCUGAUCGCGCUCAUCAAGCAAGUCAGGCAGUUCGCCGAGGAAGCGGAUGGUCUGACGGCGAUCGAGAGCUCUCCUGAUGGGGAUCAGCUGGAGGGAGCGAAGCUGACGAGCAACCUGGAGGCCUUCAUCGAGAGGGUAGUUCUGCAUGACCUGGAAGCCCACUACCUCCGUCGUAUCCGAGAGCGCGAGCUCCCCAUCCUCGAGAGUGCCUUCCAGGUGGACAUGUUCCUACAGGAGAUCAUGGCGGUAGGAGCCGCUCUACCCGAGCAUGUUGACGAUCUCAUGAAGAUCUGGAACGUGGUGAUCAAGGAGUACUGUUCCUCAGCACGCGACAACCUCUCUGAGCUCAUAGAAGGCUUCUCCGUCAAGUCAGUCGUUGCUUCCUCCGACUUGCUCAACAUCUUGGAGAUGGACCCUCUCUUUCGCCUCCUCCCCUCCUCCUCAACGUCUCCUUCCGACAGCUCCAUCUCCUCCGAGGAGCUCGAGGCCUUUGCGGUCUUAGAGCAUCUCCGCAUUGAUCCAGCGCUCUUCUUGAACCAGGAUGCAGAGAAACCCAUCCUGUCGAAGCACUCCGAUGAUGACCUCUGGCUCAACGGCUACGCUGGAAUUCAAAGGAUCCUCGACCAGCUUGCCCGCUGCCAUCACUCAGUCUACUGGCUCUCUGAAAGGCAGGGGGAGAGGAGGCAGCAGCUCGGCCUCCAGUCGUUCUUCGAGCUUCCCGUCCUUUCGAGUCAGGCGUCGGGGACCAACUUGCUUUCCAACUCGAAACCCAUGAUGUGGAUAAUCUCCGACGUGAUCAAGUGUAGUGGGAUUGUUUCCUCCUCAGGAGGCUGCACGUUCCCUAAGCACUCAAAGGACGGGAUUGUUGAGAUGCUUCAAGUGGCUCAGGAGAGUUUCAUCCCCGUGGCUCACGCCGCCCUCAUCUCCUGCCGCCUCCUCGUCCGCUGGGCGACUUCUCGCUCAGUCCGCCUGCUCUUCCGCUUCUGCAUUUCCCUCUCCUACUCGGCUGCUACUGACACCCUACGGAUCCUGGAGCAGCUGAAGAGGCAGUGGGAGCGAUACGACCAGGCGCUGCAAGCAGGGAUGGAGAGGACCCGGGCGACCUAUGUGAUGGGCAGCCUCCCGCUCCUCCUCUACCACUACUUCUCCAAGCUUGCUGCCGACACCAACGCGGUGAACAAGGCCAACCUGCCCAACGUCGAGAGGGCACUGGGGUCUGUCUACCAGCAGCUGCAAGCUCUGGGUAGUCUCAAUCCUCUUGCUAAGAUUCUCAACAUCGACGCGCGCUUCAACCGUACAAUGCUUUUUCUCCGUCUGCUGCUCAUCCGAGAGGACGAGGAGGCGGUCGCAGCGUUCAAGCGAUUGCACUCCAGCUCCCUGACAGCUCACGACUACCAGCUGGCAACCAGCAAGAAGACGCUGGCGUGA